GGCACCACGGGGCGUGAGGCGAGAGCCCGGCGGAUGCCCCCGGGACAAGCAUCCCCGAGCGCGGCGCCCCCGGGACCCCCAGGGAACAUGGGCGUGCUCAGGGCCGGGCUGUGCCCGGGCCUCACCCAGGACACGGUCGGGCAACUGAGGACCCGCGGGAUCAGGACAGUGGUGGACCUGGUUUCCGCAGACCUAGAGGACGUAGCCCAGAAAUGUGCCUUGUCUUACAAGGCCCUGGUUGCCCUGAGAAGGGUGUUGCUGGCCCAAUUCUCAGCCUUCCCCUGCAAUGGCGCUGAUCUGUACGAGGAACUGAAGACUUCCACUGCCAUCCUGUCCACUGGCAUCCAAAGCCUGGACAAACUGCUUGAUGCUGGUCUCUACACUGGAGAAGUGACUGAGAUUGUAGGAGGCCCAGGUAGUGGCAAAACCCAGGUGUGUCUUCGUGUGGCUGCAAAUGUGGCCUACAGCCUGCAGCAGAAUGUUCUGUACAUUGAUUCCAACGGAGGACUGACAGCCUCCCGUAUCCUCCAGCUACUUCAGGCCAGGACCCCAGACGAGGAGCAGCAGGCAGGAGCCCUCCAGAGGAUCCAGGUAGUGCGUGCGUUUGACAUCUUCCAGAUGUUGGCCGUGCUGCAGGACUUCCGAGGCGCCGUGUCCCAGCAGGUGAGCAGCGCCUCAGCGACUGUGAAGGUGGUGGUUGUGGACUCAGUCACUGCGGUGGUCUCCCCACUUCUGGGAGGUCAGCAGAGGGAAGGUUUGGCCUUGAUGAUGCAGCUGGCUCGAGAGCUGAAGACCCUGGCCCGGGACCUGGGCGUGGCAGUGAUGGUAACCAACCACAUGACCCGAGACAGGGACAGUGGGGAUCUCAAACCUGCCCUUGGACGCUCCUGGAGCUUUGUACCCAGCACCCGGAUUCUCCUGGACAUUGAGGAAGGAGCAGGAGCAUCGGGCAGUUGGCGCAGGGCACGUCUGACCAAAUCUCCCCGUUUGCCAACAGGUUUCCAGGAGGUGGUAGACAUUGGGACCUGGGGGCCUCCAGAGCAGAGCCCAGCGUCCCAAGGGAGAUCAGAUAGGACUGUGCUGUUGAUUGGGAAAAGCCGGGGACAUCAAGCGCCCCACCUCUGUGCACGCUAGCAGCUGCUGUUCACUGUCACCCAACACUUGGAACUGUAGGAGAAGCUCUCAGGCUGGACGGAGGAGACAUCUCUGUUUCUUCAGCCUCUCUUUCUGUGGCAAGAGAGGACGCUGUGUUGGAAGGACCCAGAAACUCAUGCCGGUCCCAGGUUUUCUUCCUUGUUUUUAUCAUGUAUGUUUCCAUGGGAGCUGAGUUCACCUUGGCCUCUGGCCUCUGUGAAGAGGCCUGCUAGAGACCAGACAGAACCCUUUGUGUCACCAUGGUACCCGCGUUCCAUCCUCAUGCAGUGACUGAGCCCAGAAGCCUCUGGGCUCUCUCUCUCUCUUUUUUUUUUUGUCCCUGUUUUUCCAUCUGUAAGAUGGACAUCCCUUUCCCCUAGCGUUGUCUUUUAGUUUCGGGUAGAAGUGACCUUGCAAAAGCAAAGCCCUUCUUUAUCUAUGUCCUGCCCUUAAAAAUACAAACAGGAAAUUCCCUGAGCCCCAGAGCCACCUGAUUUCCCCCCAGAAGGGUGUUUUUCAGUUUCCCCCAGUGAGGUUCCAAAGAAUGGUUCUUCCUUUUUUUCCUCUUGCUGAUUUGGUUUCACGCACCUGCGUGCAUCACCGUGACUAGGUGAGACUGGGAACUCGCUGCAGUCCCAGGGAUAUAAUUUAACAGGAAGGGAGAAUGUGGCCCUGGUGAACCCAGCUACUUGUUUAUUAUGCAUGGUGCCCUGUAGGGCCCCUCCACAGUAUAGAGUAGCCAGAGGUGCUGAACCAUGGCCUUGCCCAUAAACAGACAGGAGAGAAUUUGCACAGUAAAUAGAGCCAGCUGGGAAAAUUGAUGCUGGCGUAAAUAAUACAUGGCAAAUCUAGUCCUUUAUGCAGAAAUUCAUUGCCGGUGGCUCCGAGAUGCACUAUAAUUACCCUUCUCUUCCUGCCAGCUGUACCACAGCCUGGUGCCCUAGUCUGUGAAAUAACCCCCCUGUCUGUUAGCGGCACUGUGGCCAUCCAUCUGAGAGCUGCAGCCCUGUCUGGGGGGUGGGGGAAGAGGAGGACACCAGGGAAAGAAGAAUAAAAGGCAAAGUAGAGAAAUGAUCGGGAUUGUUUACUGACCACACUUUUUAGAGGAAGGUCGCCUUUCUCGGUGAGAGAGCCUGUCGUGAUUAAUAAGUUGUGUCUUGGCUGUAGGAAGGGGCGGGGGGUCAGAGUCCCAGGAGGAAGAUAGGACAUGAAGACGAUGAACAUAGCAGAGACAGAGGCCGGAAGCAGGGAGGAUCUGAGCAAGCAGCAGACGGGCUCCAGGGUAUCCGCCUGCAGGAGGACAGGGGAGGGGAGCCUACGACUGGGGGGGGGGGCUGGCUCUGCUGGCUGCAGAAAGGACCCCAGGAGAAACAAGUCUUCAUCUCCUCAUUCCGUGAGGGGUUGGAGGAUUUCCGCAACCACCGUAGGAAACAGUACAAGUAAGGGAUGGCAGAUCCCUGCCACGCCCACCUUUUGGGCAUUUUGAGCCUCUGGCGGGGGGAGGGUCUCCCCAGUCUCCCCAGCAGUCUUUUUCUGUGGAAGUCGGAGUGUUUUGCGAUUUUUCUCCACAUGGUGCUCGAGCAACAUGUGCUCGAGGUGGAGCCCGGUUGCCCUCUCCGGCCUGGGCAGAUCUGCUGUGUUCCCUGUAUGCAGGGAGUCGGGACCCUGCAAUAAUGGGGUUUCAGAGGCCUGUAAAGAUCAUGUGGCCAUGAUCACUUAGCAGAAAGGGAAACUGAGGCCCAAAGAGUUGAAGUGACAGUCCCCGUGGUGGUGAAACAGCAGCCAGCACCCAGGACUCCUGAUCCUCAAGCCAGGACCCUUUGGGUCUCUGGGCUGCCUAUAGUUUCCAUCUGCACAGCUCUCUUCCCACAGGGUGCUAACUCCAGCUUAGGGGGCCACGGCCAUCACCCAGGUGGCCUUGCUGACAUGGGAAGUUGCCCCAUUCACUGCUGCUCCAGACCACCUGUGACAUUCCUGCAGGACCUUGUCCCUCACAGCUUGCUUCCUCCUCGGACCUUUUUCUCAGACCAGAGCUUUCUCUUGCACUGCCUGCUGCCUCUGCAGAUGCCAUUUGGGGCACCCUGCCCUGAGCAGUUCCCCUCAGAGGCCUCGGGCCAGGCUGGCUCUCCUUCCCAAGUGCCUCUUGCUCCCUUUGCUUAUGUGUCUGCCUCAGUGUCUGGUGCACACUCACCCUGACAUCCUCCCUUCUUAUGCGUCAGAUAUGGUCUAGAUAGACAUCAUAACCCCUCACUACCACUCAUCUUCCUGUGCGCUUGUCUGCCCAUGAGCUCAAGAUUCAUUUUUUUUUCAAAG